AUGGGAAGUCAGAAUCGUCAGGGAUUCCAGCAAAGCGGACCACCAGGCUUCUAUCAGAGAGGCAACCUUUCACAGGGCCAAGGAUGGAGAUCUUAUCAAGGGAAUAAUAUCAACCAAGGGGGACCAUCCUAUCAGGAUAAAGAACGUUACUUCAGGCGGUUCCUUGACAUAUUCAAAAGACUAGAGAUUACUAUCCCUUUUGGAGAGGCCCUACAGCAGAUGCCGUUAUACUCAAAGUUCUUAAAGGACCUACUCACUAAGAAGGGAAAGUACAUCAACAAUGAGACCAUUGUCGUAGAAGGCAACUGUAGUGCAGUGAUUCAAAAGUUGCCUCCUAAGUUCAAAGACCCAGGAAGUGUCACCAUCCCUUGCUCUAUUAGGGAUGUAUCGGUAGGAAAGGCUCUUAUUGAUUUAGGAGCAAGUAUCAAUUUAAUGUCGCUUUCCAUGUGCAGAAGAAUAAGGAACCUAAAAAUUGACCCCACUAGGAUGACACUCCAACUGGCAAAUCGCUCCAUCACUAGGCUAUUUGUAGUAGUAGGAGACGUCUUGGUCAAAGUCCGCCACUUCACCUUUCCGGUGGACUUCGUGAUCAUGGACAUUAAGGAAGAUGAAGAAAUUCCCUUGAUUUUGGGGAGACCAUUUAUGCUGGCCGCCAAAUGUGUAGUGAAGAUGGGAAAUGGGAACCUGGAGCUAAGCGUGAAUGAUCAAAAGGUCACCUUCAACCUUUUUGAAGUAGUUAAACAUCCCAGCGCAAACAAACCAUGCUUCAAGGUGGAGGCAGUUGAGCAAGAGGUAGACCACGCAAUGCAACACCUGACCACUCACUCACCAUUGGAAAAGGCACUAAUAAACACAGUAGAUUGCCUGACCAAUGAGGAGGAAAAAGAUCUGAAGGCCUGCCUGGAAGACUUGGAGCGGCUCAAGAGGGUUCAUGCAGGGGAAGAUACUGUUGAAGCCCUAAAGAAAGACAAACCUCCAGAAAAGCCAAGUUUGGAGUUGAAGAUUCUCCCCACACACUUGAAGUAUGCCUUUCUAGAGGAGAAUGGCGUUAAGCCAGUCGUAAUCAGCAACAGCUUGUCAUAA